AUGAAUAUUGUUUUCCUAAUAUUUCUUUUUAUUUUAGUAAGUAUGGUUACAGAGGGGAGAGACGACCUAGUUAACAUUGAAAAAAGCGAUAAUUUUUUUUUGGUUUUAAGUAAAAUAAAAAUAACUGGCUCGAAAUAUUUGAAUGACAAAAAGGAGCAAAGAGACAUACUCAUGAAGGUAAUAGAUGAGGAAAAAAAUGUGGAGGGAAAUUCGGACAUAUAUGCGGAAAUUAAUGAGGAGAAGAAUACGGCCAAAAGUAUGGACAUAAAUAGUUACAUUAUAUUAGAUGAACAAGUCAGCUUGUACGAUAUGCUAACAAUUAGCUGCACAUUCAAAGUGAAUAAGAAGUUUGAUAAGUCUAAAUUGAUAGUUCUUUUAGUAAAGGAGCUAAUAGGAGAUAGAAGUUCUUUACAUAUGAGUAAUACGAUUGAAGAUUUAAAAAAAGACGAAACUUUUGUGUUUUCAAAUACAUUUGAAGAUAAUUUUGUUGUUUCUACCUUGUCCCUUUUAUUUGUUAAUUUGAUAGCUAUUAAUGGAUUUUACAAUUUGGAUAUUUAUAUAAGUGAUGGUGGUAAAUAUACUACAAAAAUUUAUUUUUUAAAAAUAUAUUUAACAUUUUAUAAUAAUUUACCUGUAGUAAGUUACCCCAUAAGAAAAAACAAAAACAGAAUUAUAUCAAAUAUUAUGCAAAAGCAAUUAAUUACAUAUGACACAUUGCAUAUUAAUAAUAGUAAAUAUGUACUGUAUGAUUACAAAGAUUAUUAUGCAUUUCCAAUAAUUAUGGAAAAAGAUAAUAUAAUGUUUUAUGCGUCCAAAAAAAAUGGAAUAAAUAAAACAAAAAAAUUAUUUAUAUAUAUUAUACCCAUUAUACUUGUUAUUAUGAUAUUGCUGUCCUUUUUAAUGUGCACUUAUUUCAUUUUUCAUCUUUUCAAAUAUAAUAUUAAAAAUAUUCGCACGAGUUAUUUCAAUUAUGCUUUUUUAUUUUCCUUUAUCUCUAUUAUGUUUACGUUUAUUCUGUAUGACCUUUUCUUUAAUAUCCUCCAAAUAUAUCGUAUUUUUAUUUUUUUAUUUACUCUUUUUUUGGUGUUUUUUUAUAAGGCUUUGAAAAUUUUGCGCGAGUACAGGAAAUGCGCGCAACGCGGGUGA